CACAUGCCUGCGACGCCAGAGGAGAUUUACGACUCUCGGGCAAUCCUGUUCAAUUAGUGACAUAGAGCGCUUGUUCCGGAGAGGCUCUUUUACUCAGCAGAAACUUCCGGUCCAUUUGGCUGUUGGGAAUUACAUUAAUAAACCAAAAAUGAGCAAUUUGGAAGAAGCUGAACUACAACUUUCUGAAUUAGAUUUACUUUCUAGUAUGUUUCCUAAUGAAGGUGAUUUUAAGGUGACUGAUCAUUUGGCUUUAGCAGAACUGAAAGAUUAUGUUGGAAAAUGUACUUUAGAAGUGCCAUCUUCGAAAAUACAAUUCGUCUUAUAUUUAGAUGUAGAAACUCCUGGUGAAAAUAAGGUACCACUUUCUUUGUGCUGUGCUUUCCCAUUAAAAUAUCCAACUAUUCUUCCAGAAAUCACUAUAAGAUCUCCACUAUUAAGUCGAUCACAGCAAGUUCAGAUGAAUGCAGAUCUCAUUACUUACUUGAAGAAACAUUGUGCUGGUGAUGUUUGCAUAUUAAAUGCAAGAGAAUGGGUUAAAGACCAUGCUGCCAUGUAUAUCAACAAAGGACCCUUGCCAUCUACUGUUGAGAAAUCAGAUAUUCAGAAAUCAGAAUGUAUUCUCACUAGACUCUGGAUUUACAGUCAUCAUAUUUAUAACAAACAGAAGAGAAAAAGUAUAAUUGAAUGGUCUAAGGAACUCUCUCUUUCUGGAUUCAGCAUGCCUGGAAAACCAGGCAUCAUUUGCGUAGAAGGUCCACAAAAGAUGUGUGAAGAAUUUUGGGCAAGGAUAAGAAGAUUAACAUGGCAGCGAAUUUUAAUCCGUCACAGAGAAGACAUUUCCAUAGAAGGGACCGAAGCCGAAAUGGAGAAGGAAAAGAAGUUUUUGACUUUUGAAGAAAAAAUAUUUGAUGCACAUGGUGCUAGAGGGAAUCACAUGGAUUUGGGGCAAUUGUAUCAUUUUUUAAUUGACAAAAGAUGUGGUGAAAUAUUUCAAUUGUAUUUUGGAGUUGAAGGACAAUAAGUUAAGGUGGGAAAAGCAAUAAGGAUCUAAAGGAUGUAGGUUUUUUUCUUUUUAUUUUAAUGAAAGAA